AUGCAAACAACAUUAUUCAAACCAGUUGUUCCUAUAAGUUGUAUUCAACUUCCUCUUGUUGAUUAUUCUCAACGUAUUCCCUUAUCAAUUCCUGAGUCAUGUGAAUAUGUUAUUGAUCGUGAUACUGUUACACCUAAAUUACCUCGUGAAAAUCUUUGUACUUAUUUUUGUGAUGAACCUAAAAAACUUUCUUUAACUUCAAAGAAUAUACGUUCUACACACUUUAAUGAAAUUACAGAUAAUGAUCGAAAUGUCCGUGUGUUUGAUUGGAUUAAUACAAUUCAACCUAAUUCUCCUUAUCCAUUUCCUUGUUGUUAUUAA